GUUUAGAGGAAACGUUGCUCCUGUCAGUCCAAUUGUAUAACAAUAACAAGUUUAACAAUAACGAGGGAAACCCGGAGGGGGAGGGACGGGGGUUGGUAGAUCGGAAGCCACGCGGUAGCGGAGAAGCAAUUUAGAGGCAUCGCAUUGUAAAUGAUUGCAGCAGGUCGGCGGAACGGCGGCUGGGGAAGGGUCUGCCGCAGGAUCCUAGCGUGGGGCGGCUGCAGGAGUCGGGCUGAAUAUAAACACGCCGGCUGUUUAUCGGACAGACACAGGCGCGCUGCUUGCAUCUUUAAGGAGGAGCUUUGGGCAUUGACACCAGCCCGGUGCCUGGCCUCAGUCAACCCGCCGGCGGCUCCCGGGGAAAGAAGAUGUGUGUGGACAAGGACACGUCCGACUGCCCGCUCUCCGUCUCCGUCUCGUCAGAGGAGAUCCAGACCCUGAGCGGCGCCAUCCCGCCCGGGGAAGCGCCGUCCAGCCGGGCGGAGAAAUUCCGGGCUCUCUACCGACUGCGCCCUCACAUCGCGGCCGGGAUACUCAGCUUCGGAUACGUGGUGAAUUACAUGGACCGCUACACCGUGGCAGGUGUAUUGGCGGAUGUCCAGCGACACUUUGGAGUUAGUGACAGCAAAUCCGGAUUGUUGCCUACAGUUUUCAUCUGCAGUUUCAUGGUAGCCACGCCAAUCUUCGGUUUCCUGGGCGACCGCUUCAACAGGAAGUUAAUCCUGAGCUGCGGGAUAUUCUUCUGGUCAGCAGUCACCCUCUCCAGCUCCUUCAUCACCAAGCCGAACUUCUGGAUGUUUCUCAUUUCGAGAGGGUUGGUGGGGUUCGGAGAAGCCAGCUACUCGACAAUUGCGCCCACCAUCAUCGCUGACCUGUUCACCAAGGACACCCGGACCUGCAUGCUCUCCUGCUUCUACUUUGCCAUCCCGCUGGGCAGUGGCCUUGGAUACAUCUUGGGCUCCAGCAUGACACAGGCGUCUGGAGACUGGCACUGGGCACUUCGGGUGACUCCAGCCAUGGGCUUUGCAGCUGGGAGCCUCAUCAUGCUGCUGGUGCCGGAGCCUAAGAGAGGGGCGGCGGAUCUGCACCAGGUCCAGCUCAGGGCCAGCACGUCCUGGAGCAAGGACAUGAAGGCCGUCAUUAAGAUACCCAGCUUCGUGUUCUCCACUCUGGCAUCUGCCUCCGUGUCCUUUGCCACCGGGGUCCUGGGAGUCUGGAUCCCCCUCUACCUGUUCCGGGCAGAGGUGGUGCAGAAGAACAUCAAGCCCUGCACUGUGGAGCCUUGCAGCGGCAAAGACAGUUUGAUAUUUGGAGCAAUCACCUGCGUGACCGGGUUCCUGGGACUGAUUGUGGGGGUGGCAGCGACGCGAUGGUAUCGGACUAAAAGCUCGCGGGCCGAUCCGCUGGUGUGUGCGUUUGGAAUGCUCAGCUCGUCCAUAUUCAUCAGCCUGAUCUUUGUGUUCGCCCGAUUCAACAUUGUGGGAGCCUAUAUGUGUAUAUUUGUUGGGGAAAUACUCCUCUUUUUGAACUGGGCAAUCACAGCAGACAUCUUAAUGUACGUUGUUAUCCCGACCCGUCGCUCCACAGCUGUGGCCUUGCAGAGUUUCACCUCUCACUUGUUUGGAGAUGCGGGAAGCCCGUACCUAAUCGGUGUGAUCUCAGAUGUUAUCAGGCAGAGUAAGCCCGAUUUGGAUCUGUGGGAGUUCCUCAGCCUGGGCUACGCCCUGAUGCUGUGCCCAUUUAUCAUUGUCCUCGGAGGGACCUUCUUCCUGGCCACAGCCCAUUACAUUGUCCAAGACCGGAACCGAGCACAUCAACAGGUUGAAGAAAUGAAGCUGGUUUCCGUGAAAGUCUGAUAAGGCUGGAGCAGGCUCAGACGGCUCCCAAAUCUGCCGCACUCGCCUUCGAUCCACAAGGCGGUUGCUGCCAACAGAACAAAGUUUCCCACCGCCAAGUUACGAGGUAUAUCUACUGCCGGGGAAGCGGUGAAUCAUGAGAAGAAUGCCAAGAAUGGCUCAACUAGAAGGAGCCCACCUUCGUAAAGGGCAUAGCUUGCAAUUCUGGUCUUUUUUUAAAUUAUGGAAAUCUUUCUGUGAGAGCACCUUUGCCAUUGUGUCUGCUUUUAUAUUUUCCCCAAGGCCAAUUUGUGGGUAGAGAUCGGAUUUAUUUCAGAGCAAGGCAAAAAAAAAAAAAUUGGCACUGUGGGUGACUGUGACACGAGAGGGUUGUCGGCUGCUGCCAGGAAGCUCCUUAUAUCCUUCCCCUCACUCAGUGCUGAACCCUAUUGUCACUGAGGACUGAGAAAAGCCUAUUGUGGGGGUGGUCUUUGGCAGCUGUUACCUACAGGACACCUUCUGUCAGUAUUAUAUAUAUAUAUCAGCCACAGAACAUUACAAUGAAGUCAGAGUGACCCAGCUGUUAGCUGAGGAGGUGUUGCUCGUAUGAACAAUGUUAAGUGUGAAUUAAGCAUAGCAAGAGGCAUUACUGGUCAGGAUGUGUUGCCAUCGUAAAGUGACAACAAUGCAAGCACUGGCUUCUGAAAGUGUUCUUAAAACUCACUUGAUGUGAAUGGAGACGCUCCCAGCCAUCUUCAUCCUCUUCCUUGGUCAGCUACUUAUGAGUUUUAUACCAUUGGGGCAGUAGAAAUGUUAAACCUUGGUGGGUGGGUUUAGCAGUGUGCAAUAUCUAACAGCACUUGGUUUUUGACAGUUCCUUUUUCCCCCUGAACCAAUUUCCAGCUCCUCCCAUUUCUUUAUUCAUCUUCUGAAAUGUCACAGACUGCCCUGGGGGUGUAGAUGAUGCAGUUGUAUGCCCAGUGGCUCAGACACGUACUAAAUUAAACACAGGUUUUGCAUACAAAGUGUAAUAAGGCCGCCAACAUUUUUCUGAACAGACUGGCCUCUCUGGAAUCUGUUGAAUGUUUCUCAUGAACCAAAUAGCUUGUGCAAGGCGUCACCUGCAACAAUUCCCCAACAUUUGCACGGCAAGUCAACUCACGUUGUUACCACAACACUGAUAGCAAAGUUCAGAAUUCAUCAGGACGAUUUAUGCAAAGGCUCUUCCCGCACACCCAGCAUCCCUAUUUGCUUAAUACACAACCCAGUAUCACUUUCUCUCAAUUCAACGUCAAGAAUGAAAGUAAAAUAUACCUCUGAAGAUAAUGUUGACCAAAUCAUCUGCCAUGUAUUGAAAAAGAAAAAACACAAAAAAGUCUUCUAUUCCAGCAUAUUACAGCAGAUGUCUCUUGAAAACAAACUGCAUUGAUUUUCAUUGUUACAAGACACCAGUAAUAAGUGGUCAUAUUAUCGAUGUUGAAUUGUGCACAACUUUGUUAAAAAUGCACAAGGAUGUUUGGUAGAAAUGUGGUGUUAAGCAUAAUUCCAGCAGGAAAAAUUAAAGGCUGAAUGGUCAAAAUUCACCUCACUUACAAAUUAAACAGCGUCAUAACCUUAUAGCACGAUAGCUGAUCAACAGAAAAUAGAUGUGGGAUAUAAAAGUAAGUUCUGUAAUCAAACUGGGUUCCCAAUGGAAUGUUGUUAAACCUGACGUCACACCAUUGUUUUACACAGUGCUCUAAUUUUACUAACAAAAUAAUGGCUUCCAUAUUACUUUUAAAUGUGCUCCAAAUCUGGAUAUUUACUUAAACAUCUAUCAUCAGCUUUAACCAAGAAGAUAAAGCUUUCAUAGCCACCAAGCUUUUGGCUUGCCAAUAUCCAAAGCAUAUAAAAGGUUCAUAUAGACACCAUAAAAAUGAAGAGCAUCAUAAAUGAUGCAUCUAAUCAACACGUGAUGUCUCAGUUGUGUUAUCUGGUGUCGUGUGAAGCCCAAAUUAUUAUUAAGCUUUCCUCAACAAGAACAACUUGUCCUCCAUUUCCUUUAUAUCAAAAUAAUUCUUCCAGAGGGAAUUAUGAUUACAAGUUUUAUCAUUUUGGAAAUCAAACUGAUGCCAAGAGUGGUUUGUUCACUUACAAAUAAGGUGUCUCUCUCCUUUGCUGCGAGACUCCUAACGGGCAUUGCUUGAUAUUGUUAGUAAUUAUAUCCUAUACAUACGCUGGCUGUAAGCUGCAUCUUUUGUGUCAUAUACAUGUGUUUCUAUACAAAUUCCACAUGCACUGGUCAAGUGUCUGAUAUUUCUUGUCAAACAAGAAUUAUUUUCUAAAAUAAAUAAUCUAUUUUAUCUGAUUAUUUCAGAUAUAUUUUAUUGUUUAAAGCCAAAGUAUAUAAAUUAUACACAAGGUUGUAGCAAAAUUUAUGUAUAGUCAAGUAAAUUAAAUAAACUAUUUGAAUGCA